CAAGUUGACAAAAAUACAGAUGUUUUUAUGAUUAGCUCGUUGAUCCUGAUAAGGCCUCUUUUUCAUCUGCUUUAGGACAGACAAAUUAGUCUUACAAUUAGGGUGCCUGUACUCCUUUUCAGAGGUGCCUUGUGAUGAAAUGUUCCCACAGGUUCAUUAACUGUGUAAUUAAAUGCAUCACUACAUUUAACCUCUGUGCCAGACACAUUAAUGCAUCAAUAAUCAUCAUCCAGUCAUAUCAUAUACAAACUGCAACAUAAUGAAAUGGGCCAGUCUUUUCUCUUGGUACUUUACUUUAAGUAUAUUUUGAGGCCAGAGUUGUUGCUUAUGAAUAUUGAAACCGUUAGCUUUUUUUUAAUGAUAUGCCACACAACUUGUUUGAUGCUUUCAACACCUGAAACCACUCAGGUUUUGCGUAUUGGAGAAGUGAAAUGGUCAAAAUCUAUAAUGUGAUUUUAAGAAAAAAAAGUCUAUUCAAUAGAAAGGUUUAUCACAGGGAGGCUGCAGUUAGGCCAUGUGCCUGGAGAUGCAUAAAGACAGACGAACCAAACCAUCUGACCUGAACUGGGUUGUGAGCCCAGCCAGAUGCAGUCGUCAAUUAAUCAGCAAUAAGGUCAAAUGUAGGAAAAGUGUCUCACAACUGAUAUUUCCCCAUAAUCUGUCAUUUUCAGUAUUUUGCCAACUCAUAAUCUAUAUAGUCACCAUCCAUUAUAUUCAUCUUUAUUCACAGGUUUGUAUCUUUAAAAGUGAAUCAAUCUUGGAAUGUAUAAAGAACCUGAUUACGUGCUUUUGUUUCUUUAAAGUAUUUGUACCUUUGUACUCUGAGUGAAUACAUUUAGAAAACGUAGUAAUUGAUCUUGUAAAUGUUUGAACAUUAUGAUAGGUCGUCUAGUCAAAGUGAACUUGCAGUUUUGAUACUCAUAGUGUUGUUCUAUCUGAAUGACAGUAUAGCAUGUUAAAACAUUUGAGCUAACUACAGUGUUGUGUUAGAAAUGUGAGAAAAAAAGCAUAAUAUUGGUGUUGAGAAUAUCAGAAAUAACGGUAUUGUAUAGUAUUUAGAUAACAUGUAAGCAAAGUACAUAUAUAGUGUGUUAAAAAAAUUGAAAGAAUUACUAUUAGUAUGUUGAAAAAGUGAAAAAUAACGAUAGAGCAGAAAACCCACUCGGAUGGAGCCAGCUAUUUGGACGAGUACGAGAAGAGGAAAAAGAAGAAGAGCAGAAGAUGAAGAAAAAGAUGUCACUUAUGACUCUCUUCGAAUUACAACAUUGAAAAAUGAAAAUUCAACCAUGAACUACAAUGAAAGUUAUUCUGUGAGCCCCAGGCAGCCCACCCUGCCUCCGGUCUCCAACAGGACCCUGACCCACCCGUCUUUCAUGCCUCUGUACCUGGCUGUAGGCUUUACACACCAGCACGCCGACUGUGGCAGCCUAACAGUCCUUCCCCUCGGCCCAGCAGAGUGUUUCUACUCUGAUCCCACCCUGACCUGUGGAAGGAUCCCUAACGUAGUAAGUGAUUUGAGGGUUUUCGAGUGCUUCGAGCUCAACACUCCCCCACCAGUUAUGUCCCCCUGCCCGGCUCCACCUCCCUGUCCAGACCCAUUCAAAUUCGGACCAAACCCCACCAGGAAUCUGGGCCACCUCACUCUGGAAAUCAACAACCUCCACCCUGCAGUGCAGAAAGGCCAGGUUGUGCUCCAGCUCACCCAGGAGGAGGACCAGGCCAUCACUAACCUCCUGACACUGCACUACCAAGAAGAGCCUUUACAGAUGGAUGAGACCCUUACCAGUGUCAACCCCAACUCGUUCUGUCAUCCAGAAACAAUCGACUUCACUGCAGCUCCCAAUCCCUGCUUCCUUAGUGAUCUGCAAUAUCCAGGGGAAACCAUUGAGUUUCAGCAGGGAAGGUGUUGGUCAGAGACAGAGCUUGAUGCUGCCAACACACUCUUGAGCUGCUCUAGACUGGUGGAGCAGGAGGGAAUAAUCCAGGGCCACAACAAAUCAUCAGUAACACUUCCUCUGCUACACCUGCGUCAUGAGGAUUCAUCCCGAAGCUCUGAAAGCCAACACGUUUCGGAGACUUCUCCUGCCUUCAUAACUACCGAUUGUGCCAAAAAGGACUGGGGGGAUUUGGAGGAGGGAAGGAAUUAUGAUGAAGUCCAUCUGCUGGAGUCUUCACUGUCCUCAGGCUCAAAGGCAGGGAGAGGAUUAGGCACCUCUGUAGAGUUUACUAAGGUUAAGGACAUCUUAGAUUCUGAGGGAGAUGCUGUGCAUGUCCUCCUGAGCCUAGGAGACACAGGAGUUUAGGAUUAUUCUUAUAUAUUGUGUUUAGCUUUAAAAAGGGACUUUAUUACCUCAUUAUGCAAACCACUGGUUGAUCUUGAUUCAUACACUUCCUUAUUUUU